AUGGAGCUCACCUCAGCCCCUCUCCACAAAGGACAGGUCUCCUGGAGGGGACUCCUGCUCACAGUCUCUCUUUUAACCUGCUAUAACUGUCCCACCGCUGCCAGAGUCACCGUUGAAGCAGUCCCACCCCAUGUAGCUGAAGGGAAGAGCGUUCUUCUACUUGUCCACAAUCUGCCAGCAGAAGUCCAAGCCUUCUACUGGUACAAGGGAGAAAUUGCGGUUGAUAAUGAAAUAGCACGAUUUGUAAUAUCCACUAGAACAAAUAAAACAGGGCCUGCAUACAGCGGCAGAGAGAUGAUACACCCCAGUGGGUCCUUGCUCUUCCGGAACAUCACUCAGAAUGACACAGGAGUCUACAUGCUAAACAUGAUCAUGGAAAACUUUGAUUAUGAGAGUGCAUCCGUGCAGUUCCGUGUACACCCACCGCUACCCAAGCCCAACAUCACAACAAACAAUUCCAAUCCUAUAGAGGGUGAGGACUCAGUAGCAUUAAUGUGUGAUCCUGAGACUCAGAAUACAGCCUACCUGUGGAGGAUCAAUGACCAAAGCCUCUCAGAAGAGGACAGGCUGAAGCUGUCUGAGGACAACAGGACUCUCACUUUACUCAGUGUUGUGAGGACUGACACCGGACCCUAUGUGUGUGAAACCUGGAACCAAGUGAGCACCUCUCAAAGUGACCCAUUCACUCUGAACAUUACCUAUGGUCCAAAUGUCCCGAUCAUAUCCCCCCCCUCAAAUAUUCAUUUCCAUUGAAGGACAAACCACAGCCUCUUCAUCCACACAGAUGCUAACCCACCUGCACAGUUCUUGUGGUUUGUCAAUGGAGAGCUCCAGCCAUCCUCCCAAGAGCUCUUUAUUCCCAACAUCAAUACUAAUAAUAUUGGAUCAUAUACCAGCCUUAUCUAUGAGUCUGUCACUGGGCUCAGUAAGACCACAGUCAAGAACAUUACAGUCUUCAAGCCAGUGACUCUGCCCUUCAUCCAAGUCAUCAACAGCACAGUCAAAGAAUUGGACUCUGUGUUCCUGACCUGCUUCUCAAACAACACUGGGAUCUCCAUCAGUUGGCUCUUCAAUGGCCAGAGUCUGAGGAUCACAGACAGGAUGAAGCUGUUCCAGAACAACAGCACCCUCCAUAUAGACCCUGUCAGGAGAGAGGAUUCCGGGGAGUAUCAAUGUGAGGUUUCCAAUCCAGUCAGUUCCAUGAGGAGUGACCCCAUCCAGCUGAACAUAAUACCUGACCCAAACCAAGGAACUGUUGGCCUCUCGAGAGGUGCCAUUGCCGGCAUCGUGGUUGGAGCUGUGGCCGGGAUGACUCUUAUAGCAACCCUAGCAUAUUUCCUUUAUUUCAGGAAGACUGGAAGGAGAACUGACCAGCGUGAUCUCACAGAGCACAAACCCUCAGCCUCCAACCACAAUCUGGGCCCCUCUGAAAACUCUCCUGCUAAGGUGGAUGAAGUGGCAUAUUCCGUCCUGGACUUCAAUGCCCAACAACCCAAACCAUCGACUUCAGCCUACCCAUCUCCAAGAGCCACAGAGGAAGUUUAUUCAGAAGUGAAAAAGAGGUGA